AUGGCGGCGCCGUUGGACGACGUGGCCCCCCUGCCGCCGUUACCGCGGCCCCCAGCCAAGGAGAUGCGCGGCCCGACCGACUGGUGCAACUGGGUCAUCCCCGGGCGCGUGAUCGCGGGCGCUUACCCCGCCUCCAUGAGUGAUGCGGACACUGAGAACGUGCUCACGCUGCUGCUGGAGCUCGGUAUGAACACUUUUGUGUGCCUUCAGGCAGAGGUCAACAUCCACGUGCCAGACCACGUGUGGCGCGCCGGCCACAGCCUGCGCCCGUACAUACGCGACGCCCAGCGCAUCCUGUCGCGCGCCCACGAGACGCGCAGCACGCGCAUCAAGCAGCAACGCAUUGACUUCCUGCACCUGCCCAUCAUCGACGGCAGCGUCACCACGGACAGCGCAAUGCACAGGCGAGCGGAGGCAGGGCUGGCAGAGGACUGCUGCGAGCGCGUUCUGCGGGGAGAGCGGCUCUACAUCCACUGCUGGGGCGGCCACGGGCGCACCGGGACGCUGGUGGCUAUCAUGCUGUCCCGCCUGUACGGCCUGCCGUACACCAGCGCGCUGCGCCACACGCAGGCGUACCACGAUGCGCGCGUGUACCCCCAGGGGGUGCGCUCCCCGCAGACAGCGGUGCAGCGCGCGCAGGUCAGGCGGCUGCUGCUCGUGCCCUCGCCCACCGCGCGGGCGCGCGCGGGUGCGCUGCUUCAAGACAGGGGGCUGGCCGUCAGCAGUGGCCUGGCUGGCACGUAUGGCGGCGGCGGCGGAGGCGACGGCGGCGCCGGGCAGCAGGAGGCGCCGGGUGGUGCGGCUGAUCAGUCGUUCUUGCAGGGACGGCAGCAGCAGCAACAGCAGCGGCCGCCGCCGCCGCAGCAGCGGCAGCAGCAGCUGUGGCCGGCUUCCCCUCCAGGCAAAACCUACAACCUGUCAGGGGCGCGCAGCAGCAGGGGUGCAGCGGUCGCGGACGCGGCACCAGGAGUUGCGGCAGAUGCCUUGAACCCGGCAACGCCGUCCAAGGCGGCCCAGCCGCAGCGGGUGCUGGGGCGGCUGGGGUCCCCGGCCACCAACAUAAGCCCUGCAGCUGGCUCUGCAGGCUGCAGCAGCACGCUGGCAGCCCUGGGCGGCAAUAUUAGCGCCGGCCUCGCGCUGCGCCAGCACAAGUUUGCGGCAGCGCUCAGCAGCAGCAGCUGGAUGGCUGCCGUGGCGGCGUCAGCGGCCGCUGGCGCAGCAGCCGCAUCCGCUUCUCCCGCAGCCGGCAGCAAGAGCGCCGGCUCCGUCGCGGCUCCGACGACCCCUCCUGGCGUCAAGGCAUUGGCGCUGCGGCGCGGGGGCACCGGCAGCUACUCGGCGCACGAAGGGGUGCGGCAGUCGCUCUUCAGCAGCACUGCAGCCGCAGGCGCGGCGCCAGCGGGCUCGGGCGCGACGCAGGUCAUGGCGCGGCAGAUUGACGGCGGGCCCGUCCGUGGCGCCGAGCCCUUCACGUCGCACUACCCGCUUGCGAUCGCUUUGACGCAGCAGCGAGAGUAA